AUGGGCCGCCCUGCGCUCCUGCUCUUUCUCCUGCCUCUGCUGGCCCCCCUGGCAGCCCCGGCCCUUAGUCCUCAACUAAGGGCCCUGGGCAGGCCACACUUGAAAGCCAGCACCACAUUCCGCCCUGCCGUAACCAAUGCCUACAAAAUUCGGUACUUCCAACAGAAGGUUGAUCAUUUUGGAUUUUCUAACGCGCAAACUUUUAAACAGCGGUUCCUAAUAGCUGAUAAACACUGGAAGGAAAACGGAGGCUCAAUACUUUUCUACACUGGUAAUGAAGGGGACAUAAUCUGGUUUUGCAAUAAUACGGGGUUCAUGUGGGAUGUGGCUGAGGAGAUGAAAGCUAUGCUGGUGUUUGCUGAGCAUCGAUACUAUGGAGAGUCUCUACCCUUUGGUGAGGACUCACUCAAGGAUUCCAAACACUUGAAUUUUCUGACAUCAGAACAAGCGCUGGCUGAUUAUGCAGAGUUAAUCAUACACUUGAAAAGAACAAUUCCGGGAGCUGAAAACCAACCUGUCAUUGCCAUCGGGGGCUCUUACGGUGGUGUGCUUGCAGCCUGGUUCAGGAUGAAAUACCCUCAUAUAGUAGUUGGAGCUCUUGCAUCUUCUGCCCCUAUCUGGCACAUUGAGGAUUUGACUCCUUGUGGUUUAUUUAUGAAGAUUGUAACUAAAGAUUUUAAGAUUAGUGGUCCAAAAUGUUCAGAGAGUGUCCAAAGAUCCUGGGGUGCCAUUAACCGACUCUCAAAUAUUGGUAGUGGUCUACCAUGGCUAACUAAAGCCCUUCACCUGUGUACCCCCUUGACUUAUAAUGACAUCCAACAUUUGAAAAAUUGGAUCUCUGAGACUUGGGUGAAUCUGGCCAUGGUGAACUAUCCAUAUGCAUCUAACUUUUUAAAGCCUCUGCCUGCAUGGCCUUUGAAGGUAGUGUGCAGGUACUUGAAAAAUCCCAAUGUAUCUGAUAGAGCACUGUUGCACAACCUUUACCAAGCUUUGAAUGUGUACCAUAAUUACUCAGGUGGGGAAACAUGCAUGGAUAUCUCAGAAACAAUUGCCAACCUGGGAACAUGGAGUUGGGCCUACCAGUCCUGCACAGAAAUAAUCCUGCCCUUUUGUACGGAUGGUGUUGAGGACAUGUUUGAACCCCACACGUGGGACUGGAAGAAAUAUUCUGAUGAGUGCUAUAGCCAGUGGGGAGUGAGACCAAGGCCCUCGUGGAUCACUACCAUGUAUGGUGGCAGAAACAUCAGUUCACACACAAACAUUGUUUUCAGCAAUGGUGAGCUAGAUCCCUGGUCAGGAGGUGGAGUAACCAAAGACAUCACAGAUACCCUGGUGGCAAUCACCAUCCCACAGGGUGCCCAUCAUUUAGAUCUCAGAGCCAACACAAUCUUUGACCCUGCACCCCUGAUGUUAGCCCGCUCGCUGGAAAUUAGACACAUGAAGCAAUGGAUCGCAGAUUUCUAUGGCAACUCUGGAGGGCAGCUCUGAGCACCUUUAAAAACAGAUCAUCUUUGCUUUCUUCUUUAAUAUUCACCCACAUUCCAUUCCCUUUGAUUUUCCACAUGUAAUUAUUUUACCUUGUUUGUUACUAGACGUGUUGGGGCCAAGGUUGAUACAGAAGAGGGUGAUGGGGUGAGAACAGCCAUCCCACCAAGGUGACUGCUCUGUUGUCACUGUCUGUGCCACUUCCAGGAAGAGUGUCACCAUGGCAGCUCCUACACUGUCAGGACUGUGCCAUUCCUGCUGCCUUCCAUUCGAGGGAGAGCCACUGCCAUUGUCUCUAUAAGAAGGGACUCUCCUUGUCUUUGAGGCUGGAAUCUGGCCAUUUGUAAGUCACCAUACCUACCUUGAAAAAGGAAAGCCAAAGGUGGGAUAAAGGAUGUCAUCACAGUUGACAGGAAGGAUGUGUGAUGGCAAUCCAGGCAAUGGGGCCAUUUCUUCUGUCCUUGGGUCACCGAUUGUCACAUGUGCUAUAAUAAAGAACAGGGCUGGACCUUC